AACUGUCAAGAAAAUUAAUUUACUGGCAUUGUUAUCUACAGGAUAUUCCAUAAUAUUAAUCGAUAGCCAGCACUUGGUCCAUCGCAAUCUGCAUUUAAUCUGGAGACCAACAACAUGUCAAAACAAAUCGUUGAAGAAAAAAAUACAGCAAAUGAUCUAAAUCAAGCCCUAAAAGGGGCAGUCAAGGAGCGGGAUGAGGGUGAUAUUCAGGAACACACUGUAGACACGGCUUUAGUAGAUCUCUCAAAUGAGAGCAAAAAUAGCGCAAGGACGUCAAACAACGAGUUCAAUGAAGAAACAAACGUGGGUAAAAAUGCUGCGCCAGACCACAUAGACUUUAAUCAAAUGGACAAUGAUGAGCACAAGCCAAUUGGCUGCUUCUUUAACGCUAAUCCAACUCUACGCAUUGCAGUGCACGGCAUGUCGGAGCUGGUCAACUCCCGGCUCUCGGCCGAAGCACUGGAUAUUUGUGUAGAGUUGUUAGAGGCAGGAGUGCCGCCAAGGGCGCUCUCUGAGGUUGUCCUACAUAUUCUAGACGUCAAGGUGAAGAAUUACGAAAGGGAACACGGUCCCAUAUUACCAUAGGGCAUCCAGAGAUCAGCAUUAAUCCCAAAAACAUGUUUCAAGAUAACGCUUAUCAACACCUGAGUGACACCUGCAAGCUACAGUCGUCUAGACGCAAGCAAAUCGACAGAUUAACGCAGCAACAAAACCAAUCAAUUGCGAUACCAUUGUUAAUUAUAUUGUAUAUAUUUUUGCUACUCUAGAAAAUACAACCCGCUAAGCAUAACUUUAACUAUAUUGUACUAAAAUUAAAGUAUUUUUAUCAACUAA